AUGACCAUUUCGGUACAGCAGGAGGAAGUUAGCGCUGCAGCCCUGGCGAUGAACCAGUCGACUGCCACCCCCAGCUCACCCAGAAACCAACGUCUGCAUGAUCCGGAUGCCUCCAUCAUUCUGGUGGGAUGCCGGGGCGCCGGCAAACGGUCUCUGGGAUUCAUAGCCGCCCUUCACCUCCGCCGACGUCUAGUAACCGAGGACCAUUGUUUUGAGCAAAUCACCGGUGUAUCCCGGGCUACGUAUUUGCGACAGCACGGCAAAGAUGCAUUUGCACGCCAAAAUGCAGAGGUGUUCAAACGGAUGUUAGAUGUGAACCGCAACGGCUGCAUUAUCGUUUGUGGCAUGACGAGCCUCUCGGAGGAAGCCCAGCAUAUCCUGGAGCAGUAUUGCAGGUCGAAUCCGGUCGUAUAUGUUCAUCGUGAGAAGGACCACAUGAAGAAAUUUCUGGAUCACUCAGAUGCGAUGCAGAUAUUGGCUGCGGACCAGAUUCAUAGGCGUUGUUCUAAUAUGGAGUACUUCAACCUGUUCGAUCCCUCCAGCACCAAAUAUGCCUCAAUCAACGACACACAGUCCCCUCGGUGGGAUGCUCUAUCCGCAAGCUCGUCGACCCUCGUCAACGCGAAAGAGGAUUUCACCACGUUUUUGGACUUGAUGCAAGGUCAAGGCUGGCGCCGGAAGUUUCUAGAGAGCCCAUUUUCCAUACACGCUCUGCCACCCGAGUUCAGACAAUAUUCAUACGCUCUCAGGCUCCGUCUCUCGUGGUUAUUAGAAAUGUCGGUUUCGUGGGAGGACCUCGAGGCUGCCGGCGACUGUGUCGAGCUGAUUGUGGAUUGCUGGCCAGAUGACUUGCCCAAUGUCAUUGCCAAGCAGGUAGCCCUUAUAAGGAGAAACCUGGGCUGUCCAUUGAUAUUUCAUGUCGAGGAGAACCCGAGGAACCAGCGCCGUAGGAGCCAGGAAGAGAAGGACGCGAUAGAUGCAGAUCUGCUCGAACUAGGCCUGCGUCUCAAUGCCGACUAUGUCAGUCUUGACCUGCAAAGGAAUCCGGCCGUGAUAGGUCGGGUCUUGGAACGUCGAGGGAGGACAAGGAUAAUCGGCAAUUUUUGGUAUCUGGGAAUGGGAGCAUUGGCUUGGGCAGACCCAUCCCAGCUGGAAAAUUUCAUACACGCAAAAUCCUUGGGCUGUGAUGUUGUCCGGAUGAUAAGGUUCUGUUCUGGCGACAACCCGGUAGAGCGGCUUUUGGAGCUCAAAGAAAAGAUACAAACGACAGUACCUGAUCCGAAACCGCCUCUCGUCGCUUAUGACUUUUCGGUUCUCGGCGCAAGAACACCUCUACAGUCAAACAUUCUUAUCCCAGUUAAGCACUCGGGCAUGGAUAACACAGACCAUCUGGCGACCGUCUGCACUUACGAAAACUCUUUCAAUCGACUCUUUACUCAGCUGAUGCUGGAUCCCCUUCAGUUUUAUGUCCUCGGCGCGAGCGUCUCGUACUCGAUUUCACCGGCAAUGCACCAGGCCGCAUACGACUUCUCGAGGAUUCCGCACACCUUCCAAGCCGUGUCAUGUUCAACGCUUGGAGAACUCUAUCGCAUCUGCUACGAUAGCUCCUUUGGUGGCGCUUCUCUGGCCGCACCUUUCAAAGUCGCUAUCAUGCCUCAGCUGAAACUCAAGAGCCACCAUGCUAGCAUCAUCGGCGCAGUGAACGUGCUGCUUCCACUUCGGGGCCAGACGGGCUCUAUACUGAGCCAUGCAACCUCCAGGAACAAGGCUGGUCCUGUAAACAACUUUUAUGGUGACAAUACGGACUGGAGCUCCAUUCUUACGUGUCUGAAGCGUUCCAUCAGUCCGCGCAACUAUGUGAGGCCGUCCAAGACAACUGCGCUGGUUGUCGGGGCCGGUGGCAUGGCCAGAGCAGCUAUUUAUGCUCUGAUUCAGCUCGGCUGCCGGAACAUUUUUAUACACAACCGUACGCAGAGGAAUGCGUCUGAAGUAGCCGAACACUUCAACAACCUCGUGAGGGAGAAGAAGAUUGCAACUACACCUUCACAGCCCCAAAUCUGCCACGUUCUGCCAUCUCGGUCACAAGAAUGGCCUGAUGUGUACGAGAUGCCGACAAUCAUCAUAUCUUGUGUGCCUGCAAUCAGUCCGGAUGAUGGUUUGCCUGUUAACUUUACACUGCCUGAGCAGUGGCUGAGCAGUCCGACGGGGGGUGUUGUGGUAGAGUUGGCAUAUGAGCCUCUUGUUACGCCCCUGAUAUCACAGAUCCGGGCAUACCAGCAAUCAAUAUCGCCAUACUGGGUCCUGGUCGACGGCCUAGGAGUCGUUAGCGAGAUGGCGAUAGAAGCAUUCGAGCUGAUGACGGACUUGGGACAGAGUCCGCAGCAAAUUAUCGGUAUGCCAAUCAGCCUGCCGCAAUGCACUAGGAAAUCCAUCAAAGACACCGAGACUUGCUCGUCCGAGACGACCAGUCCCCAGUUCGAGGAUGAAUUGAUCGCCGAUGAUGAAUAUAUUCUCUGCACUGGCGAGGGAGACCUUCCCCGUAGACCCAUCUUUAGAAGCCGCAGAGUCUUUGUGGAAAUCCCGGAGUCAGAAUAUGGAGAUGAUUACACUAUUCGCGAUGAUGAAGAUGUCAAAGUCUUAAAGCCAACUAGAGAGAACAACUCGCUGUAUCCUUACAGGGUCAGGACUGCAGCAGCGUCCAAGGGGCCCAAGGGUUCUGCCACAAGAUUCCUAAACCACUCAAGGCCACCACCCAGAGGCUACAAGGCGUUGCGUAAGGUCAGACCAGAAAGCAGGCACGUCUGGUUUUCUGGCGAUGGCUUUACUCAAUCAGAAGCUAGGCCAAUGGGGCGUUCCAUUGGCUCGAAGCGCAAGGCUUCAGAUUCGACCUCUGCUACCGGUAUACUCGAUCUUGGCGCACUCUCACUCCAUACUAAUCUAGACCAGGACGAACCGACUGCUAAAGAGGAAGCAUCCAAACGGAUAAGAUUUGAGCAUGUUAUUGGUGGCGGGCAUGAUUGGAAUUCGACUAGUAUGCAACAUGACCACCGCAAGUUUGGGCGAAAGUCCGAUGCCAACGCAGGAGAGGGCCUUGUCCCUCCGUCAAAUGACUCCUCGCGUGUUAAAGGGGGCCCGAGCGAACGUCUCAGUGUUGCUUCGCAAACUCCGCAAGUUGCUCGGUUGGCUAGGUCUUCAUCCCUCCCUGUCGUUCUCAUGACUCCUCGGAACUUUCCGGCCGCUAUCUUGAAAGGUAGAUUCUUCUGUUUGGUUGGAAACUGUCUCUCCUGA